AUGUAUCUGUGUACCAUCUCCUCCGCUUGCGAUGGCGCGGACCCCGGGCCCAUUUGUACCCACUGCACAAUGGCUUUAACGCCGGCUGGACGUGGACCUCAGGUCAUGACCGUAUACCUACUCUUUUUGAGCCUGUCGACAAUUGCUACAGCAUUCCGGGUCUAUUGUAGAGCGGUCGUCAUCAAGCUCUUUGGAUGGGACGACUGGCUUGCAGUACUGGCAUGGGCAUUCUUCACAUGCUUCGCUGCAUGCGCUGUCAAGGGCGUCUACCAUGGCACUGGACAACAUUCGUUGGACAUACAGCCACCCUCAGAGAUGGUACUCGGGCUCAAGGUAGGAGAGGGAUGA